AUGGACAACCAAAAGACAAUCAUACCUCCCGCUCUACAACCCAGCGACACCAUCGCCUUCAUCUCUCCCUCCUCUCGACUAAACACGCUCUUCUCCCGGCGAAUCCAAAAUGCCAUCUCCUUCUUCCAACACCACGGUUUCCCCAUCAAAGAAAUCUACACCUCCAGCCUACCUUCCUCACACCUCUCCGCCAUCCAACUCCGCUGCUCAGAACUCCACACCGCCUUCCUUGAUCCAUCCGUAAAAGCAAUCCUCUGCACUAUAGGAGGCCUGUCCGCCAACGAAUUGCUUCCCCACCUAAACUANCCCCUAAUCUCUAAACACCCCAAAAUCUUUUGUGGAUAUUCUGAUAUUACGAUUUUGCAUCAUGCGAUUUUUGUGAAUACGGGACUAAAGACNUUUUAUGGUCCUGCUGUGAUUCCAGAGUUUGGAGAAGAGCCAGAGCCGUUGGGGUUUACGGUGGACAACUUUUUNGGGAUGGUGAUGGGGAGGGGUGGGAGAAGUGUGGAUAGGUCGGGGAUGCAUACUCUAGAGUUCAAGAACUGGUUGGAUGAAGAUGAGGACAAUCAAUCCAGAAAAUUGGAGCCUGCGCCAAAGUGGAAAUGGAUCAAGGCUGGAAAGGCAGAAGGUAGAGUUUAUGGUGGAUGUCUGCCUUCUCUGGUUCAGCUUUGUGGUACGAAGUAUCUACCUGACUAUACUGGACGGAUCCUUCUUCUGGAAUUGCCGGAGGGUGAUAAACCAGGGACUGCCUUCUCGCUGGAUGCUGCACGGUGUGCGAUGGCUGAUCUGCGCAAUGCUGGGAUACUGGAGAAAGUUGUUGGUAUUGUUGUUGGACGACCGUAUAUGUAUGAUGAGAAGAUGACUGCUGCGUUUGAGAAGAUGAUUUUUGACCAGUGUUAUGGUAUGGAAGUACCGAUACUGGCGGGUGUUGAUAUCGGACACUCGGAUCCCAUGCUUACCGUACCAUUAGAUGCGAUGGUGUCGCUUGAUUCGGAAGCCAUGGAGCAUGAGCAGUUCAUGAUGUUGGAGGAAGCUGUCAAGGCAUGA